UUUUCUCGCAUUUGAGGUCGGUUGUACGCGCUGAGUUAGACAAGCGGUAUGGCGGAAGAAGAUAGUGAAUUGGAGUUAGACACGUUUAAGAAAGAAUUGGAUUGUUUGUUAAAUAGUAGCGCAAGGGAUGAACGCGGACUCCAGAGCAAGACCUACUGUGAAAGAUUUUGUAAGUUGGUUUUGGAGCAAACAGGACGAUGGCAGGUGCCUCUUCCCCAGCUUCAGUUGUUGCGGAAUGCACUGUGCUCUUUUGUUCAGGGUGCAGCAUUUUUCCCACCAGAAUGUGAGCAUGUGCGAUACACGCUGAGUAGCCUGGCCCUGAGUGUCUUUGAACUACUGUUGUUCUUUGGAAGAGAUGAAUUUAUUGAGCAUCCUUUAAAAGACAUUCUAGACUCAUUUCAGGACUGCUACGCAAGCCUGGUAAGGCACCAGAAUGUUUACCUUUUGCAGGUUAGACAUAUUGUUAAAGAUGGAGGUCCUUGGGCAAACCCUGUACUUCAGGCUAUUCUCAAGAAUUCUGAACUACCACAAGAGGACGUGGACCGAUAUCUGAACUCUGAAGUGUCCAUUUUCUUUGAGCUACGUGUACGUUACCUUGUAGCCUGUGAGAGACUUUCAGAGGCCAUUGCACUGGCGAAGAGAUGCUGCCAACACCCUGUAGUAGGGAGGCAUCUCUAUUUCACACAAGCCUACCUUACAUGUCUUUCGAGAACUUCUUUUUAUGAAUGCUUAUACAAGGAGAUGGCAAAUAUCGAUGGGAAAGGUGUGGUAGAGAUACUCUGCAUAAUGGAGGAGGAGGAGAGGGAUGAGAUGGUUUUGAUGCUGAGUAAAGGUUUUCUCUCUCAGCAGCUCCUGAAUGGAGACAUGUACUGCCUUUGGGAUUUGGUCUUCAUGUGGAGCAGACUGUACCUGCGAGUGAACCACUUAAAGCAGGGCUUUCUGGAUGAAUGCAAACAAAUGAUUCUGUCAGCCACCAACAUAAAAGCAAUUUUUCCAUUUAUAAAGGUGAUUUUAGAAGAGCUAGGACAAGAUGGCCUGGGUUUUUGUGUGGAGCUUUGUGCUCUAGCCCUGCAGACUGACCUAAAGAAUGAUCCAGUCACCAAAUCCAUCCUCUACAAAACAAUUGCAUAUCUUCUCCCUAAUGACCUCGAGAUCUGUAGGGCUUGUGCACUGCUGGUGUUUUUUCUGGAACAAACAGUUGAGUCAUACAAGACUGUAUUCCUCCUCUACAAACACCCUGAUCAAGAGUACCAUGCAGAUACCAGUCCUGUGGGGAACAAUGUACGUUUUGAAGUUCUCCAGAUCCUUAAGAAAGGGUUGUUCUUUGAUCCUGAGUUCUGGAGCCUUCUCAACAUUGAAACACACUGUCUGAAGUUAAUGACCGAUAAGGCCACUAAAGCAGCAUUGUGUGAAAUUAUGCAAAAGGACAAAUGGGCACAAAACUACUGUAUGAAAGGCCAUUGUCACUGUCACACUGAUGACACAAGGACUAUCAGCCAUGUGGAAAAGCAUACCAACAGAAAUGACCAGAAAGUGGAGUCCGUGAAAACUUUGGAUAAUACUGCGUUUGGCGAAACAUACUCCAAGACUCCAGGUAAGAAGCGAGGAAGGAAACCAGGGACAAAGCUUGUGAAGGAUCCAGAUGCCUCUUCAGUCCGACGUUCAUUUAGGCAAAUCGAUAUGGCAAAGGAUCAUGCCAGGCAACAUAAGAACAGGCAUCAGAGAUUCCUGGCCCGUCAGGCAAAGAACCCAAAUCUAAAACGCAGGGGUAGGAAACCCUGGUGGCUUUUGGAGGAGUUUGCUGCUCCGGCAGAAAACAGUGUGCCCCAACAAGGCACAAAACCAGGAAGGAAACCAAAGCAGUCAGAUGUUUUAAAAGAGAUUUCAGUUGAUGCACCAGUCAGUGAAAUCACAUUGACAUUAUCUUACCCUGAUAAUGAAGUUAUUCUCUCUUCUGAUAUUCAGACCACAUUGUUUGACACAGAAACCCCUCGUGUCACUGAACACAGUACUAACAAAACCAAGAGUGCAUCUCGGGAGAUUUUGAAACGUUCAUCUGUUAAUAGUAAUUCUGUUAUCGAGUUACGGUCAGUAGAAACUUUGCCAUGCAGCAAGAAAGACUUCAUAGUUACGGAGGAAGUUUUUUUUCAGGAGCAAGGCAGUUCUAUGGUUAGAAAAUUUCAUACAUAUUCAAAAGUAACUGAAUUCGAAGAAACAACAGUUGAUAGUUUACCCAGAGAUGAAGAGGUCAAGCCAGACUAUAUGGAAACAAAGAAAAAUGUAACCCUGCAGACUGUUGAGCAACCAAGUGAACCUAAUGAGAUACCUGAAGGUGCCACACAGAUUAGUGUAUACAGUAGUGUGGAGAUUGACGUUACAACACCAAUCCCAGCUAUAAAUUUAGAGACCUCCAUGCCUGUUUUAGCUUCCAUUAGGCCAACUAAAGAAUUCACUGUAGAGGCAAAAUCCAAUCCUGAUGUAUUAAGGCCCCAGAUUGCAGAAACCAAAUGUACAGACAUCACUGUUAGUCCUUCAGAAAUGAGUAAUGUUGGUCCACCAGAAGUGUCGACUUCCAUCUCUGCUGAAUCCAUUCGUAUAUCUGACAGUAUGCCAGAAAACAUGACAGGUUUUCAUAAGAAUGCCCCCGCAGUUCUUCCUGAAUUGACAAGGGUCCCUGAUGAUGUAGUGGCUGCUUCGAGUGAAACUGAUGUUUUCUCUGAAGUUGUGUCAAAAGAUACCAAAAUGUUUGAGGUGCCAGCGGGGCCACAAUUACCUGAUAUGUUGGAAAAUACAUGUACAGAUAGUCUAGUCCCUGACCUCAUUUCAACAAAUGUUGACAGUCAACGGGUCUUACUUAAAUGCAGCCUGUGCAACAAAGAAACCAAAUACCAAUACAUUCUGCGGCAUGCAAUGUGGCAUUAUCGCAUUGACAGAAAAUGUAUGUUCUGUCAUAAAUGCUACACACAUGGGCGCAGCCCAUCUGUCCACUUUAAACUGCACAUUCAGGAGCUGAAAGAAUCCAAUGUUCGGUUCAAAGAAAAUAUUCAAAUCCCUGAGGCACCCAAGCUAAGCGUGCUUAAACGUGUCAAUUGUUCUGUGCAGAAUAAGUUUAGACACAUUAAAAUGAGGUUAAACAGCAGUUUAAACAUUGCAGAUUUGCACAAGAAAGGCCAUAGUUCAGAGUCUAACGUGAGAUUGCGAACAAGGGUAGCUAAGAAUUCAGAACUCACAAGUGCAUUUGAGGAAAGAAAUGAUAAGGUCUGCAGGAAGAAAAGGCAUUUAAGGAAAGUUUUAGCAAGAUCUCAAUCCACAGAUGAGAACAAGAAGAUGAGACUAGCAAGGAAAAGGGCAAAGACUAUGCAAGCUCCAGAAGAAGACCAUUCUGAUACCAAGGGCAACUUGCAGGCUAAAUCAACAACUCGCAGAUUAAACGGAGUGAUCCGGAAAAGAAAAGUUAAAAGUGCACAGGAGGAAAAUAACAUGGACAAAAAGGCUCAGAAGUCAUUAACAGAGAAUAGCAGACAGGAGAAAACUGAGUUUGUUAAAAAAGCAAAAACAAAUGCAACUUCUGAUGAUGUAAAUGUGAGUGCUGAAUCCGUCAAUGUAGUGCUUGAUCGCAAAGACAUAAUUGGGUCAGAACUCCAAGGAAAUUAUGUAACAAUGCUAAACUCUGGACUGGCAAAGAUUACACACAGGUACCAAAAAGAGGAUGUAGUAGCUGUAAAACAGAAGUUGGUUCAGAUAGGUCCAAAAGAGAUUUCUGAGAAUCAAGAACACAAAGAGAAAACUUCCUCAGCUAAGGAAAUAAAUAAAACAAUAGGGCACAAAAAUGGGUCUCAAACAAAGCCUAAACUACAUUCCACAAUAUUCCAAGGAAAAAGAACUGGAGCAUCUACACAGGUCAAGUGCCCUGUGGAGAUUUGUACCUUUAGUGCAAAGUCAGUGCUUGUCCUUUCUCAUGUGCUAUUACACCACCACGGUGACAAGAAAGCACUUGUAUUCUUUUAUCAUUUUGGAAAGGAAAAAUGUCUUUUCUGUGGCAGAAAGGUAUGUAACCCCCAACAUUUUUUUGACCAUGUUAUAUGCCACAAAGGUGAGCUGAAGCAUCCGUGUUACCAUCAGGGUUGCAAGCAGAGGUUUCAAACACGUGUGGAGCUUGGUGAACACAUGUUAGGCCAUCAUCAACUCAGAGCAAUGUGCUGUUUUCCUGGCUGUUCUCUGCAUCUUGACAGUAUUUUACAUCUGUAUAAACAUGAAAAAACUCACUAUAAAUUUGAUGAAAAUUUGGAACAAACUUCACUCUCCAAGAAAGUGGAGCAAAUGGUGCACAAAGCUACGCCAAGUCAGAAGGAUGGUCUAGAAUCAGCAACACAUUCUUCGACAGGUCAUCUGGUUCGUGACUCGCCAAAGCACACGGAUCUGGCGAAUCGAGAUGAUGAUGAUAGUAAACCUUGGAUUUUAAAUAAGAGUUCUGUAAGCUACAGUAGCAAGAACCAUAGCCUUAUUAAUGGGCAAAGAGAGGGUGACAAAGACGCUUCGGCCAAAACUUUCAAUACAGCCGUUAAGGAGCAGGAACGACUAGUGUCAGUCAAACCAACUACUAAACGAUUCAUUCGGCCUCCUCCCUCAGCUUAUCUCGAUGAAUCUUACAUUAGCAUGCCAAAGCGCUGGAAAGAACCUCUCAUGGGCUCAAAACUACUGGGUGCUGUGUCUAGUGAAGUCUCAAAUGCUAACAGACAGCGUUGCCCUCGAUGCUUUCAAUCUUUCAACAGCGAGGAAGAGUUCCAAACACACAAGGACAAAUGUACAUCCCUUUUUGGCUUUGAUUCGGAUGAUGAAAGUGCCUCCUGAAAUUAAAGCAGGCAUUUCUAUGAGGAGACACUAAAAGAAGUUAAAUGCUGCUGUUGGCAAUCAGGAGUGUUCUUAAAUGUCUGUCAUAUGAAACCAUGGCAAACUACUUGGGAAAGAAAAUUCUAUCAGCUGUUGUUCUGUAUGACUGCUGGGCUACUUGAUUUCAGAGAGAAGGUUGUUGAAGAUCUGUUGUUUAAAAUCUGGCAUCUGGUUCCUUCAAAUCUUACAUGACCCUUGGGAGUGCAGGGUGUUUUAUUUGGACCUCUACAACGGUCAUGUUAUAUAUACACAACAGUAAUUUUGUCUUUCUAUAAAAUAUUUUAACUUUCACCAAUUGACAUUAUUUGGUUAUCUUAUUGUUCGAAAAGGCCAUGACAUAAGAGAAUUUGUUCUUUUGGUUUGGUUGUUUUCAUUUCUGACAUUGGAUCAGUUGCAUUACUAGUGUUACAUGGAAAUACUGGAUGGAAAUGCAUAGGCCAUUUCAAUCCUGGGGAGUGUUGCAAGCACACUUGGUAUAAUUUUUUUUUAAUACUUAAUCUUUAAACACAUUUGUAAAUUUGUUAUUAAUUUCAUUUAUUACAAUGGCAUGAAGUUCCUUGUGCAAGUGGGAUCACCUGGGAUCACUUGUACAGUGAUUCUUAAAAUGAAGGACUUUUAACACCAUUUGAAAAUGCCGGACAAAACACUGGCCUACAACCAGCCACUAGUACUGGUCUCUUUGCUUUCAAGAUUGCAGAUUCUCCUGUUCACAAAGGACUACGUGUCACACAGCCUGUAAUUUAAUGAACGUUGUCAUUACAUACUCUAAAUGACUUCAAACUAAAAAAAAAAUGAAAGUGGAGGAUUCAAUUGUCUCACAAAGAGGCAUGUUUAAAGCUGUUCUGUUCAUGAACAGUCUAAUCUCUUUCUUUCUUUGUAUCUUAUGUAAAAAGUAUAAUAAUAAAUGAUUGGAUUGGG